CCUGGCAGAGAGAGGAACACUUUGCAGGCGGAGGGAGAAGGAGCAGCAAGCAAGAGCAGCAGCUGCAGCACCUGGGCGCUUGGUCCUUCCUAUUGCAAGGCUCGCUGCAAAAAGACUACUAUUAUCCUUAUUUUAAAUUAUUAUUAUUAUUAUUAUUAUUAGCAUUAUUACUAUUUUUCCUCCUUCUCCCGAGACUGCUUGGCUGCCAGCUGGCCAGGUUGUCCUCUGCAGCAUAACUUUGGGGGGACAAGAAGGAGAAGGAGAAGGAGGGGAGCAGCCUUGGGCAUCCCUUCCUUCCCUCCUCGCCCCAUCGCUGGGCAUCCCUCUCAACCACAGGAUGGCCGCUUUGGAUACCAACAACAACAAUGCCGCCCCAGGCGGUGUGAUCAGCUACAUUGGCUCCAGUGGUUCUUCACCAAGCCGCACCAGUCCUGUCUCUCUCUGUGGCAGUGACAGUUCCAAUGGCAGCUGCCAGCUUUCCUCGCAGUCCGCUUUCCCCAGUUACUUUCCACCUUCACCCACUGGAUCCCUAGUACAGGAAUCUGGUCGCCCAUAUGGGGGCAGUUCAGCUGGGCUAUGUGAAGAUGCCUCUCCUUCCUCCUCGUCAUCAUCAUCGUCAUCCUCCUCCUCCUCUUCCUAUGGUUCUGGAGGCUCUCCGGGAGGUUUGCAGGUGGCUGUAGAUGAUGGAAGACACAUUUCCCCAACCAAAAGCACCAGCAACAUCACAAAACUCAAUGGGAUGGUCCUCUUGUGUAAAGUCUGUGGGGAUGUUGCAUCUGGGUUCCAUUAUGGUGUCCACGCUUGUGAAGGUUGCAAGGGUUUCUUCCGGCGCAGCAUUCAGCAAAACAUCCAGUACAAAAAGUGCCUCAAGAAUGAAACCUGCAACAUUGUCCGCAUCAACCGGAACCGCUGCCAGCAGUGUCGUUUCAAGAAGUGCAUGGGAGUUGGCAUGUCCCGAGAUGCUGUACGUUUUGGGCGUAUCCCCAAGCGUGAAAAGCAACGGAUGUUGGCUGAGAUGCAGAGCGCCAUGAACAACAUGGCCAACAAUCAACUGAGUGCACAGUGCCAACCGGAGAACUUACCAACGGGACACCCACAGGCUGCCACCAACCCGCUUCUGUGCCACCAACUCCAGAUGGCACCCUGCUCCCCGCCCCCCCAUGCAGCCUCGCCACCUCAACAGUCUCCUUGCUUCUCCCAGUUCUCCCAGCAGCUGACACCGCCACGUUCUCCCAGCCCUGGCGAUGUCAUGGAAGACGUCAUCUUACAAGUGGCCAAGGCCCACAAGGAGAUUUUUGUUUAUGCCCAUGAUAAACUGGCCAUGGGGCCCCUACCACCUAUGGGGAAUGACAGCUCUCUUGGUUGGGAGAACAGUUGGCUGACCAACGGCUAUCACAGCAAUGGGCUGUGCCCUCAAAAUGACAAUUGGAACUCUGGUUCUCCCGCCCCCGACAACACCUGUCAUCAGAACAACAUCAAUGGGCAUCGAUUUUGCCCCUCCAGCUAUUUGCCUGGGCAGAUGGAUCCCUCCAUUGGGCAAGGUUGCCCACGGCAAGGAGAUCCCAGAGAUAUACUCUUGGCAUGCCCUAUGAAUUGUCACCCUCACAGUCGCAGUGGCCGGACAGUCCAGGAGAUAUGGGAGGAUUUCUCACUGAGCUUCACACCUGCUGUACGAGAGGUUGUGGAAUUUGCAAAACACAUCCCUGGUUUCCAAGAGCUUUCACAGCAUGACCAGGUUUCGCUACUCAAAGCUGGCACAUUUGAGGUGCUAAUGGUUCGGUUUGCCUCCCUCUUCAAUGUCAAGGAGCAGACUGUGACGUUCAUGAGUCGUACCAAGUACAACCUUGAGGAACUGUGGGGAAUGGGCAUGGGUGACUUGCUGACAUCCAUGUUUGAAUUCAGUGAGAAGCUCGGCUCUUUGGACCUCUCUGAAGAAGAGCUUGGGCUCUUCACCGCUGUAGUGCUAAUCUCAGCAGAUCGUUCUGGGAUUGAAAACCAGGCCUCAGUGGAGCAGCUGCAAGAGACACUAAUCCGAGCUCUUCGGGCCCUCAUUCUUAAGAAUCAUCCUCAGGAGACUUCCCGCUUCACCAAAUUGCUGCUAAAGCUCCCUGACCUGCGCACCCUCAACAACAUGCACUCCGAAAAGCUGCUCUCCUUCCGCAUUGAUGCGCAGUAGAUGGAAGGCGAGGCUGCACAUUUCUACUAUCCCAUGCUCCUUUCUUGCCUUCCCUGCAUCGUUGCACUAACCAGACUGCUCUCUGGGUUUGGACCCAGCUAACUAUUUAUACUGGUGUAGCACCUGCUGCCCCCACCUGUGCAGAAGCAACCAGAACUGCCAUUUUUGUAAAUAUUACCUUGUGUAUAUUGGAUUUGUGUGAAUAGGAUGGCACUCUUCCCUGCCGUGGUACCAACCACAUGGGAAUAAUAUAUUGAAAGCAAAAUG